AUGGAGUGGUUGAGAAAUCAGUUACAACUCGCCGCCGAUGUGGCCGGGCUCACUGCCGCGAAGAAUCAAGCUACGUACGCGUGGCAGUACAACAGGAAAGCGAAGCCGAAGAGCUUUAACGUCGGCGAUCAGGUUCUGGUUUUCAACUCUAGAAAAAUACUGCUAGCAGUAUUUCUAGCUAUUUCCAAAAUGAAAUGGUCCUUACACUGUCUUGUCGAAGCACCGCCCAAAUUCGUGCAUCGUGUUAUAAAGCGCCGGACGGUGCACGCCAACCAUGUCAGGGAGUACCACGCGCGCGUCGGGCACGUUGGGGUAGUGUUUCAAGACGACGACGAAUUCGGCACGGUGGUACACGCACCAUCUUUGCGCGAUCUCGAGCAAACUAGCCUACCGGAUAUCGCCACGCGGCACUUAGACAAAGGACGCGCGAAGCAAAUCCACGACAUUUUCGCGUCGUUCCCUAAUUUGUCCCGGCAGACCCCGGGAGUCGCGGCGAUUCGGAAACACAAGGUUGUGCUUAAGAAAGGGCUCACACCGACGAAAGUGUACCCGUAUCGAGUGCCGGAGGCGCUGCGGGAAGAGGUUCAAAAACAGAUACAUGUGCUGCUCAAACAGGGCUUCAUCUAUGCGGUUAACAGUCCUUUCAUACAUCCGGUAGCAUGCGUCGCAAAAAAGGAUGGCACGAUGAGACUGUGCGUAGACUACCGCCAUUUAAGUGCCGGCACCGUUAACAACGCUUUCCCCAUGGCGCAGCAACAAGAGCUCAUAUUCAGGGUGGGCCGCGCCAAGUUCUUCACGCUGAUCGACCUCAUGCGAGUGACAAAGCCCCAUGGCAGAGGAUAG